CUUGCUCAUGAAGUACCUUUGUGAUCGCAUGGAGCCUCCUGUACCCUGUGAGCUUGUUAGAGGUUAUUUGGAUUUCAUGCCACAUGCCUGGAAUGUUGUCCCUGUAAAGCAAGAUUCCUCAUGGGUUCGUAUGGUGGUUGAUGCUUGCCGUCCUCAUGAUAUCAGGGAAGAUACAGAUCAAGAAUAUUUCUGCAGGUAUAUUCCCCUUAAUCGGCUAAAUGAAUCCAUCUGCACAAAGGAAAAUUUGGAACCAGGAUGUUCUGUUUCUUCUCUAUCAACGGGCAAAGGAGUAGAAAGAGCUAAUAGUAGUCUUAUCCGAUACAAGCUUGGCUCCACUGAAGCAGUUGCAAAGGUUUUGUUUUUACCUUUGUAGUCUCUAUCUGUUUCA